AGGAUCAUUUACAUCUCAAAAUUGCUCAGUGUCACUUAUCCUUGGGAGAAAAACUUCUAGCAAUUGAGUUCUUUCAAAAGGCUCUGCAACGACUGGAGAACAAUGUUGACGCUCGUUUAAAUUUGGCUUCCCUGCUUAUUGAAGAUUCUAAAGAAGAUGAAGCUAUUUCUUUGCUUUCUCCUCCCAAAAAUUUACACAAUAUUAACGAGAAUUCGGAUGCAUCUAAAUCGUGGUGGCUCGAUGGGAAAAUAAAAUUGAAGCUGUGCAACUUUUAUAGAGCUAAAGGGAUGAUUGAGGAUUUUGUCAAUACCAUUCUUCCAUUGGUUCAAGAGUCUCUUUAUAUUGAAUCUCUUGGAAUAAAGAUAAAAGUGAGGAAAAGGCUAAGAGAGAGUGAGCUAUUUGAAAGAGUAAAAUAAGUUGAUGAUCAGCAAACUACCGAUGGUGUAUUUUGUAGUUCAAGACCAAUAGGUACUCCAGCAGAUAAGAUGAAAGCUGCCAGAGCAAGAAGGAUGCUACAAAAUAAAGCUGCUUUGAAGGAAGAAAAGAAAGCUGCUGCAAUUGCUGCCGGACUUGAUUGGCAUAGUGAUGAUGGCAAUGAUGAAACUGAGGAAGAACAUUUUAAAGAACCACCUCUGGCUAAUCUUCGAAAAGAUGAGGAGCACCAUGACCUUAUUAUAGACUUAUGCAAGACAUUGGAAUCUUUAGAAAGGUAUCAUGAAGCAUUGAAUAUUAUCAAACUUGCUUUAAAAUCAGGACAUAACAAUUUGCCAGUAGAGAAGCAGGAGCAGCUUCGAUCACUUGGAGCACGGAUUGGGUUGCUCAGUUGCUGGGUUAAUUACCGCAUGUGCCUCUCACGUGCCAUUUGUCAGAAGGAUUCGUUGAGGAUUUUGCCGAUUCCCCAACGUGUUUCUUCAAGAGACUCACAUGAAAAACUGGAUGCAAGUGUGAUGUCUACGCAUGUUCCAACUGUAGCUUCAGUAGCUGUCUAA